AUAUUUACCAUUAUACCCAUCAUCAUCUUCAUAGCUGCUUCCUCCACUUUCCACCACCGGAAUCGCCAUAGCCACCUACUUGACAAAACCCACGGCCAGAAAGCACCAAACACCACCACCACCACACAGGGUAUUCCACCACCACCAGAGCAGAACAACGAAACCCACGGCCAGAAAGCACCAAACACCACCACCACCACACAGGGUAUUCCACCACCACCAAAGCAUAACAACGAAACUCAGCACCGUGAAGCACCACCAUAG